AUGUCGAACAUGGCUACCAUCAAAGCCAUCGAGGGCCGUUCGGUGCACCAGAUACAGUCGGGCCAGGUCAUUGUCGACCUGCAGUCUGUCUGCAAAGAACUGGUCGAGAACAGCAUCGAUGCAGGCGCCACCUCUGUUGAGGUCCGCUUUAAGAAUUAUGGCCUCGACGCCAUAGAAGUGCAAGAUAACGGUUCUGGGAUUGCCCCUGACGACUACGAAACCAUCGCCUUGAAGCACUAUACUUCCAAGCUUGCCACAUACGACGACCUCGCCUUACUACAGACGUUUGGCUUCCGCGGCGAGGCAUUGUCGUCGCUAUGUGCCCUUUCCAACUUCCACAUUGUCACUGCCCGAGCCUCGGAUGGAUCCAAAGGUACCAGGCUAGAUUUUGAGCAGUCAGGAAAGCUGAAGGCGACUUCGGUCGUGGCAGCUAAGCAGGGUACGACAGUGGUGGUAGAGACACUGUUCCAUAAUCUUCCCGUAAGGCGCAAGGAGCUCGAGAAGAACAUCAAGAGAGAGUACAACAAGGUGCUACAGCUACUAAAUGCAUACGCAUGCAUCAGUGUGGGCGUCAAGUUCUCAGUGAGCAAUCAAAUACCAAAAGGAAAGAAGACUAUAGCUUUCUCCACCAAUGCCAACACAAGUACGCGAGACAACAUCUCCAACGUGUACGGUGCAAAGACCAUUGCCGCCCUAGUUCCCCUCGCCCUCGAGUUCGCCAUGGACCCAUCAAACCGUCCGGGCGCUACACAGACGGCAAGAAACUGGAGCACACAAGAGGACCCGGGAUCGCGAACUGUCAAGAUAGUGGGCCACAUCUCCCGUCCUGUUGUUGGCGAAGGUCGGCAGACGCCUGACAGACAAAUGUUCUUCGUAAACUCGCGGCCUUGCACCCUUCCUCAAGUUGCGAAGGCGUUCAACGAGGUUUACAAGUCUUACAACGUCACACAAUCGCCUUUUAUAUUCGCAGAUAUACAGCUUGACACAAAUGCCUACGAUGUUAAUGUUAGCCCAGACAAACGGACCAUCAUGCUCCACGACCAGACCGCGCUACUUGAAAACCUCAAAAACUCACUGAUAGAGCUCUUUGAGGGUCAAGACCAGAGUAUGCCUCAAUCGCAACUUUUGGGAAAGAAGACUCCUACCUCUGCCUUCAAACCACCAACCAUGCAGCGUAGGGACUCUGAAGAACGAGUGGUCCGCCCACUGCCCAGAAGUAAAGUUGAAAGCAACCGCGAGAACGAUCAGACGACGGAAGAACGCAUGUGCCAUCCAAAAGGACUUCAGCGUAGUGCUUCAUUCGAAGAAAGUGACACAACAGAAUCGCCACUCCCAAGGCCACAGUCACCAUUGUUUGAGCCGGAAGAAAUCAAGAAUGUUCCCGUUAGGCUGCCGCAACCUCCGAGAAUCGUCCAAGACUUCAACGCCCGCAUAGCCUCCCAAAACUCUCAUCAGCUCCAGCCGGUGCGAUUGCCCGCAUCUCCGCAAGAUACUGCGGAUGUAGAGAGUGAAGAACAACCGAUUCCAGCCAUCUCACAAACACCGCAAAAGUCGCUGUCGCAAAGUACGAUUCAGAACGCGUUUGACCGCAUGCGUCCAAUGCGAACCGCAGUUCAACAAGCCACGAUAACGGAACUGGAUACAAAAUCCAUCUCUGAUGCUGAAGAAGAAUUACAAGCAGACCCGGAAAGCUCAGACGAUGAGUACAUGGACGAUACGGAGAAGAAAGCAAGAGAGGAAGCAAAAAUUGUGCAGCUCAUUACUGAAGCCGAGGAGGCGGCAGCUCAGCCUACUGAGAUGAACGUCAAACGCAUGAAGAACAUGUUCAAGAUUAUGCAGAAGAAGUACUGGACCAUCAAUCUCGAGCGCGUCAUCGAGACAGACGCCGAGUCAAUCUCACGCGAUAUCCACGAACUCCAAAAAGCCAUCGACACAUCUCCGGCAAACACUACAGACAAAUCCAUGCUACCUUCCAGCGCCCAGCUACACGACGCCGACCCAGAAGAACGCCUCAGCCUCACCGUAACAAAAUCCGACUUCCACGACAUGCGAAUAGUCGGCCAAUUCAACCAAGGCUUCAUCAUCGCCGUCCGACCACCCACCUCCACAGCACCCACAUCCGACCUCUUCAUCAUCGACCAACACGCCAGCGACGAAAAAUACAACUUUGAGCGCCUCGCCGCAACCACAGUCCUCGUAUCUCAACGCCUCGUGCACCCCCACCCCCUCGAACUCAGCGCUGUAGAAAAAGAGAUAAUCCUCGCAAACGAACACGCCCUCCUCGCAAACGGAUUCGUCAUCGAAACAACCGACGCCGACGAAGAAACCCCCAACCCCAACAACACCACCACCACAGCACACCUAACCUCCCUCCCCAUGUCCAAAGAAAUCACCUUCUCCCCCACCGACCUCGAAGAACUCCUCGCCCUCAUCCUAGAUAACCCGCCCUCGUCAUCUACCUCUACAUCACCGUAUAUCCCGCGGCCCACCAAGGUGAGGAAGUUGCUGGCUAGUCGCGCGUGUAGGAGUAGCGUUAUGAUUGAGUGA